AGUCCCACACAAACUUUUAUUUACUAGAAUGCUAAACUACGGUUCUUUUAAAAACAAUUAAAAAUAGUGGCCGAAGCCUAUUUGAUUUGAUUUUUUCCAUUACAUCUACAUCGGGGCAACAAAUUUAAUUUGGUGUGACAAAAUUGAAUAAAAACACAUGUUCCAUUAAAAAGUCGUCACUGCGCCAAUGUGAAAUCCUCGCUGUGUGUAAAUUAUGUACACAGAUGAAAGGUCUCUUUGAAGCAGAAACAAAUUGCGUUUACUGAAUUCUAAUAACUUCGUUUUUGAAAUAUCGAACGGUAAUAUACAUACUUGGGUGACCCGUAACUCAACUGUGUCAGUUACUCAUUAAAAUCGCAAAUUGAACUUGAAAUUGCAAACUACUUUCAUUUAAAUAAUAAAAAUGCCUAUUGCGUUCCAACCCUAGCGAGUCGCUACUGGUGCGUUAUAUUAACGUCCCGACUGAUUACUUCAAUUUCUAUUUAUAGUGAAAUUCCGAAGGAAAGAGUAAAGCGACCAACUAUUUUUAGCUGAGAAAAGUGAAAGCAGCUUAAAAAAUCGAUUCUGUUAUUGCAGGAAGUGGUUUAAAUAUGAAUAGCUCUCGAUUUUCAUAAUAUGAGCUUUAAAAUCUAGCUCGUGGUUUUAUCGGAUCAAAAUGGUUCAAAUUAUUGAUCUAUUUUAAGCCGAGACGAGUACAAACAACUUUGUGGAGCUUCCACCAAUUGUUAUCUAUUUUUAACGAGAAUUUUCCGUAUAUUUAUCCAGAGAGUGAAUAAAAGUAACCGUGAGGCAGUACCACUUUCGUAAUAUUCAACUGUUGCAUUAUGUGUACGCUCUUAUAAUACCUUUCCAAUAUUCAAAUGGACAUAAAGUAUUCAUUCGUCGACCUGAAAGCUCGAGUACAAAGAGAAAUGACUCCUCUAUUAUUAAACAGUUCUCGCCAAAUAUUAGAUGGACAAACCGCACCCCUUCCACUUAAUUAAUUAGAAAAACAUAAUUACAGACUUAGUGUUUAUUGGACCGUUUGCCAAAAAAAUGUUGCCAGUAGGUACUUGAAAUUUAUUGCAUCAACUGACGAGGAAUAAAUCUCACGACUAGAUAAAUAUUUUGAUUGGUUUCAUGUCCAUAGCAUAUUAUUUGCGCCACUGUGUGGUAUGUAUCUAUCGAUUUGCGAAGCACUUAAUUAAUUUACACUUAGGUAGCCAAUAAAACCAAUUACACUAUUGUCAGAGUUCAAGGUUUACAUUUCAGCCAAUAUGUCAAAGAAUCUUCAUCGCUUUGGCGCACGCAAAAUCUGUAACUGCAAAUUAAUUAUCUUUGAAUCUAUAAUAAUUAUUUUCUGGUGUUCUCAGUAUUUUUCAGUUACGUAAAAGCGUCAUUUGGCACAGAAAAAAGUUUAUGCCCGUGACAGUGUGUAAUUGUGGAAUGAUACGAAUUGAACAUUGCAUUGUAUAUUGCAUUCCAAUUAUAUUUUCAGCGAAUUUUCUAUAGUACAGUUGAAAAUAAAUCCGCAAUUGUUUGGCCUCACUCGUUGGAAAAGUGCUUCUAUUUUUGUAUUCGUUUAACCGGCCAAAGUUGUUUUACCGCGUUAUAAAACAUUUUUUUGGUUAUAUCAAGGUUUUUAAUUUCACUUUUGUAUUACAAUGCACACAAAACUUAUUAAUUUAUUCCGUUUUCCAUCAAAUAACCGAAUCAAGAAUGAAAAAAAAAAUAUCCAAAACUUAGUUGUGUCACUAAUUAGUAAUUAAUAAUAAUAAUUCACAAUUUCAGUAUAUUUUGACGAAAAAAAAACGUGAGGAAAGACGUUUCUAUCGGGUUUGGGUGCUCGUAUUUUCGCAUAUUUGAUUGAAAUAAUAAAGCAGCUGAGGGGAUUGUCGAAAGUUCAAAAGGCUUUUAGUUAUUAAAAUCGGCUAAACCAAUUCGGGAAUUACGUUUAAUUAAUUUUAGUUCAGUGAGAUUUGCCGGUGCGUUUUAUAAUUAAAUAUUAAUUCAAAUGGAAAUGACCGCACGGUGUACCUUGUAAAUAUUUUCUAACCUUGAACACGAUAAAAAUGUAACUGAGCUUUCGCCGGAAGCAAAUGUAAUUUAAAAAAUAAUUGCUGUAGGAAGCGGUUUGCUUGAGAAUCAAUAACUUUGUGUAGAAAGCAUCUCUUUGAUAUUAUUUUUAUUAGUGCGAAUUAACAAAGCAAACGAAAUAAUUUUCUUUUGAUGUUUUUGCCGGGGAUAAAUACAACGUCACCUAAAGGUGUGCGAUACCGCGUUCCCCAUUGUGCUCCUAAUAUGGAUAUUUUCGUGGCUGAAAGGUGCAUAGAAAACUGUAUGGGGUAGUUUUUAUCGCACUACCCGGUGCCAGUCUGUAACACCCCCGCUUUAGUGAGGACCAACAAACUUUGAAAAUGAUCGAUUUAGUUGAUUUUGUUUGCUAGUGUACCAUGGACGCGUGCUUCUCGGCGUUUGAUAAGAACAGUGAUGGCUAUUUAGAUUUGGAAGAGUUUCGGUUGUUGACUCGUGCCCUUUUCCGGAAUGAUAAAGGGAAGAUCUAUAAUUUAGAGGAAGAGAAGCUCCGAGAAACCUUUAACGUGUUUGACGGCAACAAUGACGGAUUCAUUGAUAGAGAAGAGUUUGUUUUCUGUUGGAAUCACUGGAUCAAAAUCAUAGUGCGGCCGAUCUCAGCCUUCUUAAUAGUCGACGUUCAGAACGACUUUAUAAGUGGCACACUAAACAUAAGUAAUUGUUCCGCACAGCAAAAUGGAUUAGAAGUAGUGGAACCUAUCAAUCACUUAUUGGAUACCGUCCAAUUCGAUGUAGUAUUCUACUCCCUAGACUGGCAUCCUAGUAACCACGUAUCAUUUAUCGAUAAUAUUGGUCAAAGAGAGAUCCAUCCAUCAAGUCCCGUCACAGCUGAAAAUGCACAAACCUACGAUACGGUCAUUUUCGCCGGGCCGCCCCCUAUGAAGCAGCGCCUGUGGCCCCGGCACUGCGUCCAGGACACGUGGGGCUCGGAACUCCACAAGGACCUCAAGGUAGCAAAAUUGAACGUCGUCGAGAAUUCGAUAAAAGUGUACAAAGGCACCAAUCCAGACGUCGAUUCCUAUUCGGUAUUUUGGGAUAAUAAGAAAAUGACUGAUACGACUCUUUGCGCCCAGUUGCGAAUGCGAAAUGCGACGGAUAUAUACAUUUGCGGUUUAGCGUAUGACGUGUGUGUAGGUGCGACGGCUGUUGAUGCACUUGCAAUUGGUUACAGAACGAUUCUCCUCGACGAUUGCAGCCGAGGGGUCGAUUUGAUGGACAUAGAGAAGACUAAAAACACAGUCAUUAAGAACAACGGCGUUAUUAUUAAUUCGAAUCAAGUCAAAGCCAUGGUUGAAGGGCGAGACAGGCGACCAGAGUUGGGCUAUAAAUUAGCAAUGGAACUCAAAAUGAACCGACUGGAGAAUAAUCAUUAGUUACCUUCUAAUAUAUAAAUAGUUAUUGCCAAUGUGGACGAUUAAAAUUUAAUGAGCGAAAAAAGUGUUCCAGCGCCGGGAUUUGCUUUUGUGGGUAUAUAUGAGUGUGUAAAAAGGCAAUUUGUGCAUAAUUGUAUUGAAAUUGUAUUUGAAUGAAAUAAAUUGGUAAGAAGCUUUGAA